AUGUGUGAAUUUAUCGACGACAAUGACAACGACAAUGACAACAACGAUAAGGUUGUCAGAUGGUGGUGUUCACCCGAUGCUGUGCCUAUUAUCGAAAAGCCUCUGAUAGCACUUAUCAACCUCAACCAACCACUCACUUAUUCACAUAUACACCACUGCCAUUCAUUGUCACUAUUGCCACUACCAACACCAUUAUCAUCGCCAAAAGCGUCAUGA